AUGAUGGCAACCGUGAGCCUGGAGCCCGCGGGCCGCAGCUGCUGGGACGAGCCGCUGAGCAUCGCCGUGCGCGGCCUGGCCCCCGAGCAGCCCGUCACGCUGCGCGCCGCCCUGCGCGACGAGAAGGGCGCGCUCUUCCGAGCCCACGCGCGCUACCGCGCCGACGCCGCUGGAGAGCUGGACCUGGCGCGCGCGCCCGCGCUGGGCGGCAGCUUCGCGGGGCUCGAGCCCAUGGGGCUGCUCUGGGCCAUGGAGCCCGAAAGGCCUUUCUGGCGCCUGGUCAAGCGCGACGUGCAGACGCCCUUCGUGGUGGAGCUGGAGGUGCUGGACGGACACGAGCCCGACGGCGGGCGGCAGCUGGCGCGGGCGGUGCACGAGCGUCACUUCAUGGCCCCCGGGGUGCGGCGCGUGCCCGUGCGCGAGGGCCGUGUGCGCGCCACGCUCUUCCUGCCCCCAGGCACUGGACCCUUUCCUGGAAUCAUAGACCUUUUUGGAGUUGGAGGUGGCCUUCUGGAGUAUCGGGUGGGUCUGCUGGCCGGGAAGAGCUUUGCCGUCAUUGCUUAUUACAACUAUGACGACCUCCCCAAGAGCAUGGACGUUAUCCACCUGGAGUAUUUUGAGGAAGCUGUGACCUACCUGCUCAGUCACCCUCAGGUCAAGGGUCCAGGAAUCGGCCUGCUGGGGAUUUCCAAAGGGGCUGAGCUCUGCCUCUCCAUGGCCUCUUUCCUGAAAGGCAUCACAGCCGCUGUCAUCAUCAAUGGUUCCAUGGUUAAUGUUGCUACAACCUUAAAAUACAAGGAUGAGAAUCUGCCCCCUGUGGGCACUGACAGAAAUCGAAUCAAAGUAACCAAAGAUGGCCUUUCAGAUAUCGUGGAUUUUCUGAAUGUUCCUCUGGAAGGAGCUGACCAGAACUGCAUCAUCCCCGUGGAAAGGUCUGACACAACCUUCCUGUUCCUCGUUGGUCAGGACGACCACAACUGGAAGAGCGAGUUCUAUGCCAGAGAGGCCUCCAAACGCCUGCAGGCCCAUGGGAAGGAGAAGCCCCAGAUCAUCUGCUACCCAGAGACAGGCCACUAUAUCGAGCCCCCUUACUUCCCCUUGUGUAAGGUUUCGAUACACUCUUACUUUAACGUUGUUGUCAUCUGGGGAGGGGAGUCCAGCGCUCACGCCACGGCCCAGGCGGAUGCUUGGCAGAAACUCCAGACUUUUUUCCAUAAACAUUUGAGUGGGGACAAGAGGACAAUCCCAGGAAAACUGUGA